AUGACAACGCUCUGGAGCAUCUUAUGCCUGCACGCUGUCAGCACCCAAAAGCAUCAGCCAUCUGAUCAGUUUGUAGAGGCUGCUGUUGCCAGUGGCAACUUCGCUCAGAGGAGAGUAACGCCGUCGUUCAGGGAGCAGUCUGAUGCGGCGAAGGUGACAAAGACCUCUGAGAUACGGAAAGGAAGCAGCCUGCCGGCAGUGAGAGAGCGAACUAUCCAUAUCGUGUGUUCCACAGAGGAUUUCAAGAGGUCUGCUGUGUCAGAUACGUUGGCAAGCAUGUCGUGGUUGGCAGGGCAAAACCAUGCAGGCGAGCAGUCUGAUGUAGCGAAUUCUGCAGCUGUAGAAAGAGAUGUCACGGGAAAACGGAUUGAUCUGAAAAACAAAGCAGCUGGCAUUAAGCAGGACAAAUCCGUCAUCAAAACUCGUGCUGCUGUACUAGGAGUUAAUUGGCGCUUUUGUUUUGUUGAUUUACACCUGACAGAUAUUACCGAAUUAUUAGAUGGAGAACUGGAUGCUCUCCAGUCUUUUUGCACCGUGAAGAUAAGCAAGAUGCGUCAGCAGCUGAUCUCCAAGCAGGCAAAUGGUGGCAAAUCGAGAAAGCUGCAGCAUGGAUUCACAGCAAAGAAACCCGAGAGAGAGGACUUGAACUGCAUUGUUCCUGAUCGGCUGAUGAACAGAAUCCGCCUGAAGAACAGCAGAGAGACUGCUAAACAGGUGACAGAAGCUCAAAUCCAUGAACCUUCAGUGUGCCCUGACUGUCAGAAGCAGAAAGCAGAGUUAGCCGAGGUUGCCUUUCUCCGACAAAAGAAGAGUCUAAUGGAAAGUGCGUUAAUCCAAGAGAAACUGGAAGAACAGAUUUACUCUAGAGAUGUGCUUACGCUUAUAGGAGAAGCACUGAGAAGCUUUCCCAAACCUUCAGAGGAUCCCAGGAACUUAUGGCAAAGACUGAAAGGUCAGGAAAUGCAAGGCCUGAAAGUGUGGCGAGGGAUAGACCAGAGGGGUGGCGGGGAUCCUGCCCAGCUAAUUAACGAGAUGAUUGGCUUUGCACCAGAGAAGAGGGAGUCGGCGCGCACGACCUGA